UAUGGUCAAGAGGAAAACUGCUUUAAAAUGCAUGUAUACAUUGCACUAGUGGCACAGUCACGAAGUCACUUUGCUAAAAAUUAGAAGAGAAACAAGUUUAGUGUGUCGUAUAGUCUACAAACAUACGUAUACUGGACAAAUAUGGGUUCCCUGCGAAAAAUGCCCUCUGAGGAAAGUUACGCCCUGAUCGAGGGCGAUUUUAAGAAUUUUAGAGUGAAACGCAUAACAGACAAGGAUAUUCCAAAAGUGUUGGAAAAUAUUGAAUUGUAUUUUAUUCCUGGAGAAAUAACAUGUUCAAAUUUGGGCUUGACGGAUCAAUCUGUUCGAGAAUUUCUGGAUGUCGCCAAAAUAAGCAUUCAGGAUGGAUUAGGAUUCUACAUGGAAGAUAAAGAAACUGGAGAACUUGCCUGUGUUCGAUUAACUCACCGCAUGAGGAAAGGGGUUGACCAAUUUGAGUCUCUCGACAUUCAGUCAAAGUCAAUGUUUGCCGUGUUUGAAAUAUUUGACAAGCUGAAUAAAAUCGGGAAAAUAUACGAACGAUACGGCAUUGACGAGUAUGCUGAAUUUUUUCUCGUCUCUACCACCCCCAAAUAUCGGAACCAAGGGGCGAGCAAGGAACUUUAUCGAAGAUCGUUGGACUUUCUAAGAGCUGAAGGGUUUAAAGUGGCCAAGGUGUUCCUUUCGAGUCCGUGGACGGUGGCUGGGACAAAAUCAUUAGGAUUUGAAGAAUUGGGUUCACUCAGCUAUGAAACUGUACGGUGGUCGGAGAGUGGCGAACUGAUAUUUCCAGACCCCGAGAAAGUUAAGGGGGUCAACCUUUACUUGAAAGUCUUUGUAUUCAAUUGAGUGACAAUUAAUAAUUUUAGUUGUGGUUAUAAAAUUCUCUAAAUGUAUUUCAUUAUUGUUACAAAAACAGAAAUGCAGAUAUUGCUAUGUAUUUUGGUAGACGACUAAUAAAAUUUGUCAUUCGCUACAUGCACAUACAUAUAAA